AGCAGUGUGGUAAUAAUGACUCAGACCAAUUUACAAAAUACUGUGCACUAUUUAGAACAUAUAAAUCAUUGUUCUUUUCUUUUCAUUUCAGUAUUUCACUGGCAAGCAACAAUAAUGGGCCCUCCUGACAGUCCUUACCAAGGUGGUGUAUUUUUCCUCACUAUACAUUUCCCCACAGAUUAUCCUUUUAAACCACCAAAGGUUGCCUUUACAACUAGAAUAUAUCAUCCGAAUAUAAACAGUAAUGGUAGUAUCUGUCUAGACAUACUACGAUCACAAUGGUCACCUGCUUUAACUAUAUCUAAAGUUCUAUUGUCCAUUUGCUCGUUGAUGGAUGAUCCAAAUCCAGAUGAUCCUCUUAUGCCAGAAAUUGCAAGAGUCUACAAAACAGACAAGUCCAAAUAUUCAGAAUCAGCAAGAGAAUGGACGAAAAAAUAUGCUAUGUAAAUGAUAUUGUUAGGACCUGUCUAAGGACAAAAUCUUAAAACUGGAAAAUGUAAUACAGUGUACUACAUUGGACUAUGCUUAUAAAAAUUUGUGUUGUAAUGUUUUGUUUUUUUUUGCUGUCAUUUUUUUCUUCAGAACACAAUUUGAAAAAAUAUCUGGCAAAAACCUGACACUCGGGUUAUAAAACUUUUUUUUUCAUUGGUCAGUGUACAUUCUAUGGCAGUUUCUGACCAAGCAAAUAGAAAAUUACUAUUGAAUGAUAAAGAUAAUAAAAAUUUGAUCAAGACUCUUAGCUAACUCCAUUGAAGCAUUGUAGUUAAACAAUUUAUUAAAAUGAAGUUAGGAAAGAUUAACCAAAAAAAUCAUGGACACCACAAAACACAUUGAAAUUGAUGUGAACUUUGUUCUGCACAGCUACUGGGUCAUGUAAAUACAUAUUUGUUAUUGUCUUGUUAGGACAAGGUAGAAUUUGUCCAGAAUCUGCAGCCACUGACAUAUUUGUAUAUACAUGUAUAACAUAACAUAGCCUUAAUCACCAUGCUCUAUACUGUAGGUAGCUUUAUUUUGGUACUUUUAUAUUGAUUGCCCUAGAAGUUGAAAUGGACUGUUCCAAAAUCAAAGCAAGGCAAAGGCCCAUUAUGUCUCCGAAAUGCUAUCAAUUUUAUUUCUCAAAAUAUUUUUAUUUCUGGUAUCAAAAAAAAAAACAACAUAAAAAAAACAUAUUAGCUAUAUUCAUGAAUUAUCUUCUGCUACUUUUGCUCUGUUGGCAGUUAGUAUAAUUAUAGUAAAUUAGUGUUUUGUAUGAAAAUACUACUUUGUUUAAAUUUUUGCUACCUUUACAACACAUUACUGCAUGUUCGGAGUUACUUUCGUCAGUUGUUAAACAUUUAGUAUGUUUUUAUUCCAUUAAUUAAAACAUUACUAUACCCCCACAAACAAACCUUUUUAACAGGUGCUAAGCAAAGUCUCAUCUUCAUAAAACUUGCUCAGAAUGUUUAGUUUUGGUGAUUGUACUUUAGAAUGUUGCAACUUGGAAUACUAUGUUUUGAGCUCAGCUUUUUAACUAAGUAUAAACAAUCCUAGGGUAAUACAUACACUUAACAAAAAUAGCUUAGAAUAUAAAAAUGCUUCUAAUAGCACCUUCUGCCUAACCUCCUGGCUGAUGUAUCCUAAGCUGUUUUAAUUUGAGAAUCAACCAUUUGAAAAAAACAACAAACAUAAACAAAAAGCAAGUCACAUGCUUAGCUCAUAUUGUUUUGAAUUAAUUUAGUUGACAGAUAAAGGUUCAUUGUAUAGUUGGAUAUCAAUUGUUUAUUAUUAUUGCUGUGUUCCCUUUAGUUUUUUAUCACUAAAAUUUUGUUAUUAACUUGCUCUUCAUGGAAUAUGGAUAUUACAAUUAGGAAAAAUUUAUAUACCAAUUAUCCUUUAAUUAGGCAGCUGGCAUUAUAGUGUAAGUAAAAAACACUCUGAUCUGAUACUAUCACUGUAGGUGAUUGAAGAAUCUUAAUUAAACCCCUGUAUGAAGAUUUUAAAAUUAUACUUGAAAAUUUCAGUUACAUUAAGGUAAAAGUUGUCAAGAAGUUGCCUUUGCAAAUCAUGACAUCUAUGUUGUACUUUCUUUGAUUAUUUCCCCAUUAUGCGUUGAUCUAACUAAUUCUACUUUCUUUUGUAUGUGAUACUUUAAAUUUACCAAGUAUCAGUAAAUACAGCAUAUACAAUCAAUAAAUGAAAAUAAAAGUAUUACCAAG